CGAGAUUUUGACAAAAGCUUCCCGGUGGUUCGCUUUUGGGUUCGCUUUUGGGUCUCUGGCCAGCUCAUAUCCAUUGCCCAUCCUCCAGCCUCCGUCACUACCCUUCUUUCAAACGGUCCAUUUCUCUACCCUCACCACUUAUUGGAUCACCACGCUCCUUUAUGGACGGACAAGACUGGCACUAAUUUGAUUGAAUUGAUUGGCCGACUCCACCUUGAACUUUUACACCCUUUCCAGCAGAUACAUCUCUCCUUGACCUUCCCUUCUGCGCCCUCUCCUUGUGCGCCCUCUUUCCGACAGACUCUCUUGUCCUAAUCCCUCUCUCACACCUUGUCGCCCUUGCUCGACACUUACAUAGACGCCCCUCUCGAUUCAGUCGGCCGCUCCUUUUGGCAUUCCCAACAUGAACUUUUUCAAAAGCGCCCAACCCCCCCCAAUCCCAGCAGAGCCUGUGGCAGAGGCACUCAACCACACCGUACACCCCUUCUAUCCAUUGGGAGUGGAAAUUGUCAACUAUCUAGCAAAUGAGAAGGAUGUGAUCCAGCUACUGACAAGCUUUGCAUCCUUGGUUGGCUCCAUUCUCCUUGUCUCAUGGUAUGGCGCAACCAAGUUUGCUCCUCAUCUCAAGGCCUCGGAUCAGUUGGCGGUGCUCUGGUUCGUUCUGUGUGGAAUGAUACACUUUUUCUUCGAGGGCUACUUCUCGUACAAUCAUACUCGUAUGGGCCCGGCCCAAGAUCUAUUUGGACAGUUGUGGAAAGAGUAUGCUCUGUCUGAUUCAAGAUAUCUUACUUCGGAUCCAUUCGUUCUGUGCAUGGAAACCAUCACUGCGAUAUUCUGGGGACCUCUGUCCUUUGUGAUGGUCUACUUCAUCAUUACCUCCCACCGAUACCGCUAUCCUUUGCAGGCCAUUGUCUCUCUGGGACAGAUCUACGGCGACGUCCUCUACUAUGCGACAUGUCUAUUUGACCACUAUCACAAGAGUCUUAGCUACUGUCGACCUGAGGCGUAUUACUUCUGGUUCUACUUUUUCUUCAUGAACUUUAUCUGGAUCGUGAUCCCCAGCUCUUUAUUAUAUGACAGCAUCCGCACGACAGGCAAGGCGUUCAAGGCUUUGGAGAGAAUGUCUAACUCUCUCAAGACCAAUGGAGUAUCACAAAAAUCCACGGCCAAUGGCCACAUCAAGAAUGCAUAAUUCGCAAUACCAACAGUGUGUACACUUUGAUUCCAAGGGAGCGAGAAGGCGACAGAGAUAUAGGUCUUGAAAGAACAAACAAAUAGAGCAUCAUUUGCCUGGGCGGAAUCCAAAUACGGCGAUGAAUUCCUACAUAGAGCAAUUAGUUGGGUAUGUACCUGAGGGUGCAUUGUGACAGGACCAUAUGCCGUACUUGGCGUUUGUCAAACGAGGGGAGAUGUCGUAUCAUUAUGAUAGAGAAAAAAUGUACCUACGACAAGUCUGUGGCUUCUGAAAGACCGUUGGCUUCCACCACAUCAAUUCCGCGUCACGAUCGCUUUUUAGCC